UAUAUAGGAGACAUGAAGCCAGUAGAGUCAGAUUCACUUUACACAGAGACCCCUACAGAACAGAGACACAGACAUGGUACCUACAAUCACCUCAGCUAGCAUCUACUCUAAGGAGCACCUGACUCUGACAAACAAGUUAAGAAAGCCAGUGGUUGAGAAGUUACGCAGAGAUCGUAUCAACAGCAGCAUUGAGCAACUCAAGUCUCUUUUGGAUCCAGAGAUCCUCAACCAUCCACCCGACUCCAAGCUGGAGAAAGCUGACAUCCUGGAGAUGACAGUUUGUUACCUGAGACAACUGCAACAGAACCAGACAGGGAGCCCCUCCUCCUGUUCAGCACCUGUCAAUCAGGGUUACUCCAGGUGUGUCCAAGAGAUUACUCACUUCCUGUCCAAAGAUGACGUGAAGACACAGUCCCAGAGAAGACUGCUGAGCCACUUCCAGAGCCUGCAGCCCUCCUCUGAUAAGAACAGCAGGGAGAGUGACCUGCCUCAACUGAGCUCCUCAGACCAGCACAGCUUCAGCAAAGAGAUGAGUCCAGUCAACAGCGCCCUCUGGAGGCCAUGGUAGAGUCUUCAGACUUGAGCUCCACUCUCAGAAAAACAGUUGACCAUAUUGGUCUAACAUUAAUAUCAUGGACAGCAAUGACAACAGGAAGACAACCUUUACCUCUUCUGUUUAUUCAGGACUUUUAAAAGUCUUGGUGUUCUUGAGACUUUUACCUUUUGCUGUAAUGCAGUUCUAAAGGUUUUCUUUGAACAUUUUCUUAUCUAUACAAACUACAUAUUGUAGUGUUUACUGAAAAUACCAUAACAUUUAUGUUUUUGGUAAUCUGAUCAAUAUAUUGAUCAUGAAAAAAAAAAUUCAGGUUGUGAUUUAAAUACUAUUGUUUCUUUUGUGAAGCAUGUUCCUAUUGUUGAUCAUGUGUUUCUAUAUGACCAAUAAUAGGUUUAUUGUUCUUCAAUGAGGAUUUCUAACCCAAAAUGGGUUUGACAACAUCAGUUUAUUUGUGAUUGUAAAUUCUCAAUGUGUUUUUAAUAUUGUUUUACUCCAUCUGUGUAGUGACAGUGUCAUAUUGACAGUGUAUUGAUUAUCUUCUGUGAAGAAUGUAUCAGUUGUAUAAUUUAUAUUGAUCACCUUGAGAUACAGCAGCACUGCUCCUCCAUGAGGACUAUUUAUACUAACUGAUUAUCAUACCAGUUGUCAUCUGUGAUUAGAGAUUAUUGAUCUGUUUUAAGAUCUCACUUUGUGACAAAUGUCACUUUAUAAUGAUGAUGAGGACAAUGUCUGCUAUAUUGUUUAAUAUGGAAACAUUGAUAUCUCUCAUUGUUAAACCUCUUGUUUAUUUUAAACAAUGAUGUUGUCUUUUAGAAAGACAGUAACUGUUGAUCCUUUACUCUGAUAGAGUAUCAUGUCUUGGAUAUUUUACCAAGUUCUGGAUUUUAUUUUUCAUCGCUUUGUUAUUUUGAAAUAUUUACCUCAUAUUCAGGUAAUCAAAUAUCACUUUAUAAUGAUCAGGUGUAAAUAUGAUCAUUGGUAGAUCUCUUGUUAACUUCAUUCUUGCAGAUGUUGUCUUUUAGAAAGACUUUCUGUGAAUCACAUAGUCUGACAGAGUAUCAAGUUUUGUUUGUGAUGUUUUGUCAAUAUAUUUCUCAUGAAAGAUUUACUUUAUAUUAAGGUAUUUAAUGUGACCUAUUGAGUCAGUGUGAAUAAAU